UAAUUUUUCACUCCAGAAAUUAAUGAUCAUGAGCUCGUAUUUGAUGGACUCUAACUACAUCGAUCCGAAAUUUCCUCCUUGUGAGGAAUAUUCACAAAAUAGCUACAUCCCAGAACACAGCCCUGAAUACUACAGCCGCAUGAGAGACACUGUCUACCAGCAUCACCACCAGGAGUUGUAUCCUCCGCGAGUGACCUACCAGGAGCGCCCGUAUAACUGUGUAAGCAUCCCCGAGCCCGAGCCCCAGACUGGCCAUGGGCUUACACACUCGGGGAAUCUUCUCGCGGGGAAGGCACAGACAGCUCCACGUGAGCCCUUGCCACCGUUACCCACAUCCCCUACGACCCCACCGACUGCGCCGCCUACCUGCAUCCAAGCCACCCCGGAGCAUCCCAUCAGCUCUACCUCGUCUAAGCAGCCUGUAGUGUACCCAUGGAUGAAGAAAAUCCACGUCAGUACGGCGAAUCCCAAUUACAAUGGAGCAGACGCAAAGCGGUCCAGAACAGCUUACACUCGCCAGCAGGUCUUAGAACUGGAGAAGGAGUUUCACUAUAACCGCUACCUAACUCGGCGAAGACGCAUCGAGAUUGCCCACACCCUGGUUCUCUCCGAGCGCCAGAUCAAAAUUUGGUUUCAGAACCGAAGGAUGAAGUGGAAAAAAGACCAUAGGCUACCCAACACGAAAGUGAGAUCCUCCUCCAACACUAGCGUUAUCUCCGGGUCCAACACAGCGUCAACAACAGCCAGCACUCUCCAGCGUGCGGUGGUCUCCAACACUGUGCCAGCUUCGGAGGAACUCUCUCGAGUGUCCGUAGUCGAAAGAAACCAGGAUAUUACAAGGUUAUAGACAAACAAUAAUAUCUAACAAAUAGGAAGAAAAAACAACGGAUUAUUUAUAAAAAAUACAUAUUAUUUUUUAUAUAUUUGUUCCUCGUAGUGUUCUUGUGCGUAAACGGGGUUUUCCUCUCAGUCCACAGUUAUUCACGAUUGCAUGUUACAUAGCAUGGAUUACUGUAGAUAUCAAUGCAUUAUUACGGUUAUCAGGGUUAAUUUAUUUAUGAUAGAAAUUGUUACAUUUUUUUAAAAAACAUUUUUGACAACAAUAAUGGACAUUAUCAAUGAAUUUGAAUGUCAAUAGAUCUACAUGCACAAUAGUUUUAUUUAUUCUCUGAAAAAGAAUGGUAGGGUAAUUUAUUUAUUUUUUAAUCUCACAAGUGACAGUAACAAUAGCAAGUAUACGUACUAUUAAAACAAUAUAUUGCAAUAGCCUACAUGUGAAUCAGUGAAAUGUUGUGAAUUAUUUUUCAGCACAACCUCUUAUCAGGAAAAGUCAAUCUUAGGUAAUGAGUGUAGUGUGUUUUGUGAUGACUUUUCUGUGAUUUAGCUUUAUUUUGAAUUGAUCAGAUGCAACAAAAUACGUAUAGUGUAUUUGUGAUGAUCGCAGUGGUCAAUAAAACAGUGUC